AUGGCGGCGAGUCCGACAGCCGCAUCGGCGGCGGAGGCAAUGGGGCGCUCCGCGCCGGCGCCGUCAGCCGGCUUCAAUCUCAACGCGCUCGCCGUGCCCGACGCUGCGGCGCUGCCGCUGCCAGGUACGCUGCAGAUUGCCUCGCGAGGUGAAUCCAACUUAAACGGCUUUGCCUGCUCCACCUCGCCCGCCCUUGCCGCCGCUAGAAGCGCCGAAACAACUGGGGAGCCGCCUUCGACCGCGCGUCCCCCCGGGUCUUUACCCCCCGUGCGGUCCACCGCCGUCCCCUCGCGCCUUCCGCCCGUUUGGCCAGCUGUUGCCGUGCCGCGCGCUCAGCUUGGCGCGCUGCUCGCGUCGAACCUCCCCGCCAUAGCGUUCCCCGCCACGGUCACGCCUGGCGUACCCAACGCCGCGCCCGGUAGUGCGAGCUCGCCGCUGCUGCCACGCGCGCCCGCUUCCACGCCCGCUCAUCGCGGCGUCGCCCCGCCAGCGCACCAGGUCGACCACACCGUCCUCGCACUUACACCCGCCCAACAAUCAUCCCCUCUCGCCUCCCCCACUGUCACACUCGCCUCAGCCACCCGUCAACCGCACACGCACUCGCUCGCCGCUGCAGCUACCGCCGGUUGCUCCGCCGCGCCCUCGCACCUCCCGUUGCACGCCCUGGCCACGCCGCCCCCACCGCCUGCUCCCCCUCCGCCCGCCCCCUGCCGCGCUGGCCCAGCGCACGCCAUGCUUGAUGCCGUGGGGUUGGCGCGGACGAGCGCGGCGGGCGAAAGGGGCGGCAGGGGGACGCACGCGGGUAGACGAGGGGCAGACGCAGUUGCAGGCGCGGAGGAGGCGCGCGAGGGAGGUGCGGCGGUCCAUGGGAGGGCGACCCCCUCGACAGCGCGGCGAGGGGGCGAGGGUGCAGCCAUGGUGGCACACGGGGAUGGCCCAUGGCACCACGUACAAGCACCGGGAGAAACCGAGGGCGAAGCAGGAGAAGGAAAGGUAGGAGAAGGGGAGGCGCAGGAGCAAGGAGGUGCAGGCAGCAGGCAGGGCAGUGUGCGGGUGCUCUCCCCCAGGGCGCGGCCUCGCCCUGCGCUACACACGUGGGCAGCGCCGCCCCACACGGUCCUGCAUGCAGCACUGCCGCGCACCACAGGAGCCGCGCACAGCAGCAGAGGUGACACGGCAGUGCGGGAGGAGGCGGCGCCGGCGGUUGGUCGUACGGGCGAUGCUGAGUGCAUGGCAGCGCCACAGCCUCCCGUGCCUGCACCUGCUACGACUGCUGCCACCCUGCCUGUGCGUGUGCGGUGUGCAGCAGCAGGUGUGGCGGGUGGCGAGACACGCCCCAGUGGUUGUGCGCGUGCAGGUGGUGCGGCGCUGCAGAGCACAGGGCAGGGUAAUGCCGCAGCCGCGAGGGCGAGCGAGGGCGUGUGGGUGCAGCAGUGGGGCAAGGCGGAGGGGCGUGUGGCGCCCCAGGUGCUGGGGGCAGGCGCGCUGGUGACGGUGGGCAGCGCAGGAGGCUUUGCCACGCGCUACCUGUCGCACCCCCUGCACGGCAGCAGCACCGUGCACGGCACACUGGAGCGCUACCCUGUGGGGGCUGCUGGCGGACUAGGGCUGGCGCAUGCAGGCGCUGUGUGGCGAGAAGGGGCGCAUGGCGGGUGCAGGGGUAGGGUGGAUAGGCAUGGUGGCAAGCGCAAGGAGAGAGAGGGCGUGCAGGCAGAGGGCGUGGGGCGGGGGGAAAGAAGGGCAGAAGGGGCAUGUCAUGAGGACAGGGCAGGGAAAGUGGAGAGGUGCGGCACAGUGGGGGAGAUGAUGUGCGUGGCAGGUGGUGACGAUGCUCACAUGCAGCAUGGCGGCAUGGCACACGGUGCUGCUGCUGAUGAUAAUCAUGCACAGGAAGGCAUGGAAGGUGGUGGUGCUGGUGCAGGGUGCAGGAAAAGUGAGGGGGAUCCGGGAGCGCAAGUGCAGGCGAAGGGGCAGCAUGAGGUGAUGCGAGGGCAAGUGGAGGAGGCAGCAGCAGAGGAAGCAGUGGGGAAGGCAGCAGAGGAGAGCAUAUUGGUGCAGCUGUUGAAGAAGCAACUGCUCUCACUGGCCGAAGCCAUUGCCACGCAUGAUGAUAUGCGGGCGCGCUUUCUACUGCAGCACGUGUGGCAGGAAGUGGACCCCGUGGGCUCGCCCAUGCAGCGCACCGCCUUCUACUUCGUGCGCGCGCUCUCCGCCAGAGCCACCGCCACCGCACACCUGCUGCACACACCCUCCAUGCCGCAGGAGGUGGACGACGCCCUCGCGCCUGUGCUCGCCGCCACGCCGCUGCGCCACUUCCUCUCCUGCUCCGCCACCCAUGCCCUGCACCUCGCCCUCACGCCCGCCCUCACACACCCCCAUGCGCACCCACACGCCCCCGCUGCCCACCUCGCUGCCGGUGCUGCUGCCGCUGACAGUGUGCGGAUGGGAAUGACAGUGCGUGAGGGACAGCGGCGUGUGGAGAGAAAAGGAACCGUGCAGGGAACGGCGUUGCAGCAUGAGCAGGAGAGGCAGGGGAGCAGCACGGAGGAGGGCGAGGAGAGACUUGCAGGGAAGCAGAAAGCUGAGAGGUGGGAGGAGGAAGGAAGGGCGAAAUCUGUUGGUGAGGACGAGGAAGGUGAGGGAACAGGGAGGGAGGGGGGCAUUAUCGGGGAUGAAGGCAGUGCGAGGGGCUGUGGAGGAAGCAGCUUGUGUGGCACGGAGAAGCUGGGCUGGGGAGCAACUGACCCAGCAUCCCAUUCACAUGGCGUGCACAUGAGCGUGCACGCGCCGUCACCGCGUGCGCCGUGUGCCCCCCUGGCAGUGCACGUGGUGGACCUGGGCCAGCACCACGCCGCGCACUGCCAUGCCCUGCUCGCCGCACUCGCUGCCCGUGCGCCGCAGCAGCGCCCCGUGUCGCUGCGCCUCACUCUCGUGCACCUGCUCCAUGCCCACCCCGCCCAGCCCUGCACACCCCCCUUGCCGCCUCCACACCACGGCAGCAGCGCUGACAUGAACUCUCCUGCAUGUGCCCGCCCUGCUGCUGCACCUGCCACAUCCUGUGCGGAACACGUAUGCGCGCUGGCUCACAACAGUCAAGGCCUUGGCCCUGGCCUCGCUGGCAGCAGCUGUGGUGCAGUGGAUGCUGGUGCACGUGGACCCGCGCCUCAUGGGGCUGCACACCCCGUGCUGCCUGCACCUGCACCACCCGGGGACCCUCAUGCUGCUGCUCUGCGUGGUGCUGGCGACCAAGGAGCAGACGGAGCUGCAGGGCAUGGGCUUGCCAUGGCAGCAGCGCACGGUGAGGCGGGCCACUUGGAUGACUGCAGCAGUGCACAGCGAUACCAUGUGGAUACCCAUUCCCAUCAGCCCUCACCACCACUCCAAGAAUCACCACCCACACCCAGUAGCACUGCCCCUUCUGCUGCCACUGCCCCUGCUGAGGCCCCUCCAGCUGCAACACCACAGUGCUGCGUGCUGCCUGCACCUGCUUAUGCUGCUCCCUCUCCUGCACUCCAUCCACCUUCCUCUGUGCACCUGCCACACACACCUGCACCCUCCACCACAUUAUCUCACCCCAACCAUGCACCUGCACCUGUGCUGGUGCAGCAGGUACAGGCGGCGGCGCGUGAGUUAGGCAUGCAUGUGAGUGUGCGUGCAGUGCAGGUGGGCAUGCAGGGGGUGACACGCGAGGCGCUGGGCGUGCAGGAGGGGGAGGUGCUGCUGGUGCGCGCAGCCCUGCUGCUGCAGCAGCUGUGCGAUGCCUCUGUCAUCCGAGCCAACCCCCGCGACUCUCUGCUCCAGGUGUGCCGCCUUGCGCCUUCCUCGCCUGCUCUAGGUCCAGUGGGUUACAGAAAGAUUGCAGGGAUGAUUGGGUAUCAACUGGCAGGGCUUGGAUACUGUCUUUAUCCUUCCCCUGCACAGCUGUUCGUAUGCCAGCUUCAAUGCUUGGCCAUCCACUCUCUGCGGCCACUACUGGUGACAGUGACGGAGCAGGAGGUGGGGCUCAACUCGCCCUUCUUCCUCAGCCGCUUCCGAGAAGCCUUGGAGCACUACUCUGCAUGGUUUGACUGCCUGCACGCGCCCACCUGCCCGGCGUCACAGGCGCAGCGAGGGGUGCUGGAGGCGCAGGUGCUGGGGGCGGGCAUCAGCAACAUCGUGGCCUGCGAGGGCAUCCACCGCCGCAUGCGCCCCGAGCCCCUGCACGCGUGGCACGCGCGUGCCAUGCGCCUGGGCUUUGAUGUGGUGCCCAUCAGUGCGGACGUGCUCACCAGCAGCGACAUGGCGAGUGCCGUCCACAGCAGCAGCGACGGCCUUGACGUCCAGUUGAGGCACGGCGCAGCGCUGCUCCUGUGGAAGGGCUGUCCCUUGCUCUCAACGUUUGUCUUGAAGCCAAGUGAGGGAGCAACUGCAUCUUCUACCGGUACGUGA